CUAACUCACUGUUUAUAGUGACGCAAUCGCCCUUCUUCCCGUGUCGACGUCAUCAUCAUCAUCCCUCCUUCCUUAGAAACCCUGGAGAAGACACAAGCACAAGAUGGGUUUGCUGUCGAUUUUGCGAAAACUGAAAAGUACUCCGGACCAGGAGGUUCGCAUUUUGCUUCUUGGACUGGACAACGGUGGUAAAACCACCCUGCUCAAACAGCUGGCAUCUGAAGAUAUCAGUCACAUUACUCCAACACAGGGGUUCAACAUCAAGAGUGUGCAGUCUCAGGGUUUCAAACUGAAUGUGUGGGACAUCGGUGGACAGCGCAAGAUUAGGCCCUACUGGAGAAACUACUUUGAAAAUACGGAUCUUCUAAUUUACGUUAUCGACAGUGCAGAUCGCAAGAGAUUUGAGGAAACAGGACAGGAGCUGGCUGAGUUAUUAGAUGAGGAGAAGCUCAGUGGGGUCCCGGUUCUCAUCUUUGCAAACAAGCAGGACCUGCUUACUGCAGCUCCUGCAUCUGAAAUCGCUGAGGGACUGAAUCUGCACACAAUUCGGGACAGAGUGUGGCAGAUCCAGUCCUGUUCAGCUCUCACUGGAGAGGGUGUGCAGGAUGGAAUGAACUGGGUCUGUAAGAGUGUGAAUGCCAAGAGGAAGUAGAGCAGCCUAUUCCUUCAGCAGUCCCUUCUGGGAAACCAGUCCACCUCUGAAUGUACAAACAAUGCAUCCACAUAGCUUUGAAACACAUUAUUGGAAAUUAAGGCACCUCACAGAAACUAAAUGUAUGUUUCAUAUUUGCCUGUCCCUUGAGGCCCACUGUGCUAAAAUGAAAUUUGCACAAGGACCUCAAGCCUAUUUUUAUAUUCCCAAACCCCAGAAUUAUUCUUUCUUAAACAUUGAUCUGUCAUUCCAACAUAACAUUUUAUGAACCACAGAUUUGUCAGCGUGUUUGUUUAAAACAUACAUCACUGUUAGAUUCAUGUUGAGGCUUUUUUGAAGCAGCAUGAUCUUUGGUACGUUGUUGAAUAAAUAAAUUCUGCCUUCAUAUAUUCUAGGAUGGUUUUGCACUGAAUGUCCAAAUAUAUAUUUAGUGAAAUCUGAUACUGUGACAUAUAUAUAUGUACUUUUGAAAUGAUAAUCUACAUGUUCCAUCUUUUUACAGAACCACAAGCCUUGCUUCACACUAGGUUAUGUUUGUGACUGAUGUUUCUAUGACAUGAAGAUCUUGUUGCUCCAUCUUUUAAUGUAAUAUUUUUGACUAUAUUGGUUUUUUCUGAGUAUAUUUUUGUAACAGAGUGUAGGAUGCUUUAAUAUUGCUUUGUGUUUCAUAGGUUGCCAGAGAAGGUUAUUGUGUCCAAGCUCAAUAGGAAAAGGAAUAUGUAAACAGGUGAAAUGUUUAUUAAAAAAAAUGGAGGCCAGCAAAAUAUUUUCUGCAAACACUGUGGAAGGUGUAUCGCAAACUAUAUAUAAAGCAGUUAGUGUAACCGCUUUAUUAGAAAGUUGGCAAUUUGAGAUUAAACAUGUUCCUUUUUUCUUUGAAUCUGUUGCUGUGUUUAACUGAAGCUACGCGAAGUAAAUAUUGGAAAAGGUGA